CCAGCAGUCGCCAACUCCAACCCUUAUCCGCCACCUCGACUCUUGAGUGCAAAUACGGUUCCCAGCCAUGAUACCGUGGAGCGCAUAAUCCGACAUAGCUGUCAUUGGACUCUGGACUACGGAUCUCGGUCUCACAGAAGAUGGAGCACCUAGCACACUCCGCUCGACCGCUGGCAUUGCGCCGCAAUCUCUGUGCUUCAUGCCUUCGGCUAUGGAGCAAUAGCAACGUACCCAUGUCGUCGCGAAGAAUAGGUCUUCAGAACAGCGACCGGAUACAGCGCCGCUUCAAAGGGUACAUCGCCCCGGCUGGCGACCAGGCCAAGCCUUUGGAAGGUUUCUAUCAAGAGCUUCUUUCCAAGCCUCUGUCCCAGACUCAGUCGGCGACUCGUACCGCACCGAACCCACCACCGCCGGAGGAGCUUCCCAAGACCGAGGAAGAAGAAAUACUCGCGAAGGCUAGAGUAGUAUUUGGAUCAAGGCUGGCGGGGCCCGCGGAACGGAGGAAGGAGAUAGCAUCUGCUUCGCAGAACGUCGCAGGAGUAAUGGUCCCGCCUCGUCCAGAGGAGCCCGAUAAUUGCUGCAUGUCCGGAUGCGUCAACUGCGUAUGGGAUCUCUACCGCGACGAGAUGGAAGAGUGGGCAGCCAAGAGUGCAGAAGCCCGUGCCAGACUGCAGGCUCAAAGAGAGGGCGGACAGGGUACAGGAACUAUGUUGGCCGGGAAAGGUACUCCCACGCAUGUGGCCACCAGCAUGGACGACGAUGGCGGAGGGAGUGAAACCAAUUGGGCAGCAGACUUAGGACAGGCACACCUGUUCGAUGAUAUACCCGUCGGAAUAAGGGAGUUCAUGAGGACGGAGAAGAUGCUGAGGGAGAGACAUAGAAGGGAGCGAGCCACAGCUGCAUAGAAUAGAUGAUUGGAAUACCCCAUG